UGUUUUGGAUAUAGCUGGACACAAAGCCUUGCCACCUCUUGCUCCAGACACUCAUAUGGCUUGAAGGGUGGAGCUGGAGCCUGGCACCUUUCCCUCCAUGGAUCCCCUAAACCUCUCCUGGUACAACGGUGACCUCGAGGACAGGAACUGGAGCAAGCCCCUCAACGAGUCCAAUGCAGGGCAGAAGCCUCACUACAACUACUAUGCCAUGCUGCUCACCCUCCUCAUCUUUGUCAUCGUGUUUGGCAACGUGCUGGUGUGCAUGGCUGUCUCCAGGGAGAAGGCUCUCCAGACCACCACCAACUACCUGAUCGUCAGCCUGGCCGUGGCAGAUCUCCUGGUAGCAACUCUGGUCAUGCCUUGGGUGCUCUACCUGGAGGUGGUGGGGGAGUGGAGGUUCAGUCGGAUCCACUGUGACAUCUUCGUGACCCUGGAUGUUAUGAUGUGCACUGCCAGCAUCCUCAACCUCUGUGCCAUCAGCAUUGACAGGUACACCGCGGUGGCCAUGCCCAUGCUGUACAACACUCGCUACAGCUCCAAGCGCAGGGUCACCGUCAUGAUCUCUGUGGUCUGGGUGCUCUCCUUUGCCAUCUCCUGCCCUCUCCUCUUUGGCCUCAACAACACAGAUGAGAACGAGUGCAUCAUUGCCAACCCUGCCUUCGUGGUGUACUCCUCCAUCGUCUCCUUCUACGUGCCCUUCAUGGUGACCCUGCUGGUGUACGUCCAGAUCUACAUCGUGCUGCGCCGGCGCCGCAAGAGAGUCACCACCAAGCGCAGCAGCCACAGCCGCGGCCCCGACACGCAGCCCCCGCUCAAGGACAAAUGCACUCAUCCAGAAGACGUCAAGCUCUGCAGAGUGAUUGUGAAGUCCAAUGGGAGCUUCCAAGUUAAUAAACGCAAAGUGGAGGAGAAGAGUCACAUACAGAUGGACAUGGAGAUGGUGUCCAGUACCAGCCCCCCUGAGAAAACCACCAUCCAACCUGCAGCACCAAGUAACCAUCAGUUGGUUGUGCCAUUUCCUUCUAACCAGGGCACCAACUCAACCCUACAGGCACCCUUGGACAGCCCUGGGAAAGUGGAGAGGAAUGGACACACCAAAGAGACACCACACACAGCCAAGGCCUUUGAGAUCCAGUCCAUGCCCAAUGGCAAACUAAGGACCUUCCUCAAGGCUGUGAACAGGAGGAAACUCUCACAACAGAAGGAGAAGAAAGCCACCCAGAUGUUGGCCAUUGUCCUGGGGGUUUUCAUCAUCUGCUGGCUGCCCUUCUUCAUCACUCACAUCCUGAACAUGCACUGUGACUGCAGCAUCCCCCCGGCCAUGUACAGCGCCUUCACGUGGCUGGGCUACGUCAACAGCGCUGUCAACCCCAUCAUUUACACCACCUUCAACGUGGAGUUUCGCAAGGCUUUCAUGAAGAUCCUCCACUGUUAGGGGGGGACACAGCCCCCAGACCACCAAAAGGAGCUCCAGUCCACUCUAAACCCAGCCCCCUCCCCCCCAGCGCUUUGGAGAAGCAGGAGGAAGCAGCCGACGCCAUCCACGCACACCCGGAGAGGUCUCCAGCUCUUGUCUUGAGGCCUGCAGAGCCACAGCAGUGCCAUGCCCAUGCCACCUCCAGCUGGGCAUGCUGGGAGGGGGCCUGCAGCUGGGAGGUUCUCUGAGCCCCUCGAGGUGACCUU